AAGGUGAAGUUAGUACUACACACCAUAACACCAUGGGAAGACCUCCUUGCUGUGAUAAGGCUGGUGUCAAGAAGGGACCUUGGACUCCUGAAGAAGAUAUCAUCUUGGUUUCUUACAUCCAAGAACAUGGACCAGGAAAUUGGAGAUCAGUCCCCACAAACACAGGGUUGCUGAGGUGCAGUAAGAGCUGUCGGCUUAGAUGGACUAAUUACCUCAGACCAGGAAUCAAGCGUGGGAACUUCACUUCUCAUGAAGAAGGGAUGAUAAUUCAUCUUCAAGCUCUAUUGGGUAACAAAUGGGCAGCCAUAGCUUCCUAUCUCCCACAAAGGACAGACAAUGAUAUAAAGAAUUACUGGAACACCCAUCUGAAGAAGAAGAUUAAGAAGUUUCAAACAGCUUUGGAUCCUCAUGUGGCUUCAGGUUCAACCACCAGUCAGCCUUCUGCCACAACCUAUAAUGAGAAAAGGAGCUUUGACUCUACAAACACUGGUUCAGUCUUCAGAUUAAACCAGAACACUACCUCUACCUAUGCUUCCAGCACAGAGAACAUUUCAAGACUCUUGGAAGGUUGGAUGAGAUCUUCUCCAAAGCCUAACACUAAUAUUGAUACUGUUGGAAAAUCCCAAGAGAUACUCCAACAAAGCAGCAGCAGUAGCAGUAGCAGCAACAAUGACAACAAUGAUCAUAAAAUCAACAACAUCAAUGCCAUGGAAACAACUUCUGUCCAGUGUUACCAACCAAAACUUGAGGAAGAAUACUGUGAUCUUGUCUCUCAUGAAGAUUUUGAAUCACUUCUAUCUCUUGAUCACAACUUGAGUAACAUAGCUUGGGACAAGUCCUUCUGUGACUCUACUCUGCUUCAUGGGUCUCAGAUCACACCCAUUAAUGAGGACAGGUUCAAUUGCAUGUAUGACAGGAAACAGAGAAUGGAAAAUCAACCUCUUUUAUUCAUUGAGAAGUGGCUCUUGGAUGAAGCAACAACAGCACAAGGAGAAGAAAUGGUGGAGUUAUCUUCAAUUUUCUGAUAUCUCCAAAGCUGCUCUCUAGAUCUUUUGAAUUGGAAAUGGAAGAACACUUGAAAGUGUGAAUGAAUUAUUGUCUUAUUUUUAGUUACUGGUAGGGGUUCUCAAAAAGUUGGGGCCUCUUAACCAAAUGUAGGUAAUAAACAGUGCUUUAUUUAUGUAAGGGUUAUCAGAGAAUAAAGUAAGUUUAAAUUGUUGUUC